AUGGAGGUCUCUCUGCUGCUACUCAGCCUGGGCUUGAUUCUUGUAGGAUCUUCAGGAAACAAAAUGGAGACAAUUAAAAAAGAAUUCUCAGAGGAAGAAAUGCAAGGUGACUUGGCAGACAGUUACCAAGAAAAACAGACCAUCGAGGUAUUCAUGAAUUCAACUCUGUCGGCUACAAAAACGUCCAGCUUUAGCACGUCCAAGGAUGUUAUAUCACUGACAUUCAGGAGAUUACAUUAUAGCUUCCCCAAGGGGAACAACCCAGGUGAUAACAAAGAGAAUUACAAUGACAUGGUGAUCUGGAGAAAAGUUUCACAAGCGAAUGGGUCAUGCAGGUUGAGCAAUAACUUUAUUCUUGGCUUCAUGGAAGUGACUGGUGGUAUACCCAAGACCUCCAGCUAUAAGUGUGGGCAGGAUCUUGGCAUAGGCUGCUCUGAGAGCCCAGAACUGGAGACCACUAUGGGCCAGCUCACUAUAGGCAAACCAUUCCCCAGGCGGCAAUACCACAGUGUUACCUCAUUAAAGAAAAUAUUGGCAGUGCUAACAGGUAAUUCUCUGAUGAGCUGGUUAGUUAGUGGCUCUAAAUUGUAA